UGACAGGUGUUCGGGAUCACGGGGCGUGGGCGGGGAUGACGCCAAGGAAGACGCCGUUUGGUUUGCAUUCGGUCAUUGCAAGGACGGGAGACGAUGGCGCGGCUGUUGUUGCUUAGGAGUCAGUUAAUUGUCGCUCGGCAGCUGCGGAGUUAUGGCGAUAGCAGCCAGCUAGGAGAAUUGGGCAAGGGAGCUGGGAAGGGAGGUGGUGGUGGAGGAAGCAUUAGAGAAGCUGGAGGUGCAUUUGGCCAAAGGCAAGCAGCAAUGGAGGAGAAAUACUUCAGGGAAAAGGAAAGUGAACAGAUUGCAAAUCUGAGGAAGCACCACCAAGAGGAGAUUCAUCACCAUGAAGAGGAAAUAAAGCGUUUACAAAGUGAGAUAAAACGCCGCAAGCAUCAGAUCAAGAAGUUGGAGCAUACUGAUGGCAGUGACAGUGACUAGGAUUUCUGAUGUUCCUACUUGGCUUUGCGUGUCUCAAUCAUAGAAUUAAUAAAUGCUGUUUGUGUAAUCAUGCUUGGAUGUAAAUUGUGCAUUCCCAAAUAAAAAUACAUUUUACGUUCA